ACAGUCUAAUUAUGCCCUGGACCGGUCCCCCGAGGCGGACGAGCAGUGGCAGGAGGCGAUGGCGCCGGUGGAGCCCGAGUACGGGGGGGCGCUGCUGUACCGGCAGCAGGACGUAUCGGACACUGAGCUGCUGGACCGGCUGAUUGCCGAUAUCGCAGCCGAGAACGGGCGGCUGGACAGGGUCGUGGCGGCGGCCGGGAUGCGGCAGGUGACGCCGGCACUCAACAAGGGCCUGCUCUUGCCCGUCUACAACUCGAGCAAGGCCGCCGUCAUCCAGCUCACCCGCAACCUCGCCAUGGAGUGGAGCCCCGUCCGCGAGGACGGCAGCGGCGGCAUCCGCGUCAACUGCAUCAGCCCGGGCCACAUCCUGACCCCGAUGGUGCGCAAGAACUUUGAGGAGGUCCCCGGCCUGCGCGAGACCCGGGAGGCCGAGAAUAUCAUGGGUCACCUCGCCGAGACCACCGAGUUCAAAGGCGCCGUCCUCUUCCUCCUCAACAACGCCAGCAGCUUCUUGACCGGCAGCAAUCUCGUCAUCGACGGCGGCCACACCGCCUGGUAAUAAUCAUUCACCUAG